AUGAAUUUAUUAUUAAAACAAAUAAAAGGGGAAAAAUAUGAUGGUCGACGAGCGGAUGUUUGGUCGUGUGGGGUAAUAUUAUACGCACUGCUGGUCGGAGCGUUACCCUUCGACGAUGAUAAUUUACGUCAAUUACUUGAAAAGGUAAAACGCGGAGUGUUUCAUGUCCCCCACUUUGUGCCACCAGACUGCCAACAGUUACUGCGAGGAAUGAUUGAAGUUAACCCCGAGAAACGAAUGACGCUAGCAGAAAUAACCAGACAUCCAUGGGUGACAGCGGGCGGCCGAGGCGAGCUGGAACAGGAGUUGCCCAUGAUGGAAGUUGUCCAGACCAGGGUGUUACCUUCCGCUGAAGCUAUAGAUCCUGACGUACUGCAGGCUAUCUGCAGUCUAGGAUGCUUCAAGCAGCGGGAAAAGCUUAUACAGGAACUGUUGAGUCCACACCACAAUACAGAGAAAGUAAUAUAUUUUCUUCUACUGGAGCGUAAGCGACGGAGGCCCGCCCGGGACGACGAGCCAAGGCCAGCCGCCCCUGCGCUACCUCCAGACCCGCCGCGGAAAAGACUUGAUACUUGUCGAGUAAACGGACAGUCUGCGCACUUUGGUCAGAUUAGCGAAGGCUCACCCAUAACUCCUAGAAGAUCACAAUAUAGGUUUGGUCGCAGUAGGUCUGCUUCGGGAAGGAGAGGAGAGGGGCGCAGUUCACCACAAUUGCCUGCCAGUCCACCUACCGGUCACACGCCACAUCGAGUAUCCUCGCUGGGCGGUACACCAGCUACUCCUGGAUCACCAUUGGGUGGUGAGCCAGGUGAAGCGGUGAUUAUAAUAAACGAAUCACCGAUAAUGGGCUCGUCCGUCGCAGUCCGGCCUCACAGCCCCUCCCAAACACACAGAGUGCGGGAAAGAUCGUCUCUACCGGGUCCCCCGAGCACCACACAAUCGCCUGCGCAACCCUCGCUCUUCCCUAACUUAGGUACUAUUACAAGUGUAGCCCCGGGCGGUGUCGGUGGUGCUGCAGUGGGAGGAGUGGGGGUCUGUGGGAGCGGGGCAGCCGCGCCCUGGAGGGUGAGGCUCGCCACCAUCAAGAACUCAUUCCUCGGCUCACCUCGUUUCCAUAGGAGGAAAAUGCAGACAUCAUCAGAAGAAGUCCACUUAACUCCCGAGUCAUCGCCGGAGCUGACGAAGCGGUCGUGGUUCGGUUCCCUGCUGCUGUCAGCUGACAAGGAAGAGACUUUCACGGCGUUAGUAAAGGGGAAACCUCUAGCUACUGUGAAGGCAGAUUUAAUACACGCGUUUUUAAGUAUAGCAGAAUUAUCUCAUAGCGUAUUAAGUCCGAUGUCGUUUCGAGUGGAAUACAAGAGAGGAUCGAACGCGCCCGCCAUGUUUCAGAGACAUGUCAGGUUUCAGGUCGACAUUUCUACAAUAACGAAGGCUCCCGGGGAGAAUGGCAAGGAGUAUUUAUACGCCAUCACGUUUACAUUAUUAUCAGGCAACAUCCGUCGCUUCCGUCGCGUGUGCGAGGUGGUGCAGUCUGCCGUGUGUCGCGCGCCGGGCGCCGGCCGCGCCGCCGCCGCGCUGCAUCCACCCUCGCCGCGCGCACAGCGCAGGAACAUACAUCCACAUGCGGCAAGCGAGAUCCCGGACAGUCCAGAGACGCCCCACCAGCAGUCCGACCACGACAGCGACUCCUCAGUCUUCGAUACAGUCAAGAGUCCCACCAGUCACACCUCGAUAGACCAACUAGAUCAGGGAGGGCGAGGGCGGCGCGGAGCAGACCCAGCCUCCGCCUCCCUCGACCACGAGAUUAUGAGCUGCGGCCGAGAUCUGCCAGGCACCCAUACAAAACGUUCCUCCUCCGAAUGCCGCGAGGCGACAUCGUCUCCACGACGCGGCCUCGACUCCAGAGAGAAUUCCAUCAAGGAUGAGUUGCGACGCAACAAUUCUUUGCGCGACAAUCGUCGCGACUUGUUGCAACGUGACAGGGAUGUCGCACCGCCUACUACAUCGAUUGCGUGA